UUUUAAACGUGUAGUUUCAUUAUUAGCGCAUGAAUAGUUAUUCUGUUUCUAAAUCUUAUGUUUACAGGGACAAUACGGGCUUGCGGAGGCGGUGAAAGAAUUGCAAACGUUACGCAAACAGUUGGAGCAGAGAACUCGCACUGUGUCAGAGUUAACGGAGCAUUGCAACCGGGCAGAGAUAAAACUUUCUGAGUUGGUAGAAAUCAACGAAGAACUUCGUCAACAGCUUCACCUCGAAGGAAACGACCUACAGGAUUUCGAAUUCAAGCUGAAUAAGCAGAAGGAGCAACGAAGCGACAAAAAUCUGAUCACGCUUUUGCAAAAGGAGAUAGAAAAAUUGGAAGAUGAGCGAAUCUCUUUGAAAAUGCAGUUGCGCCAGAUAGCAAAAGCGGGUGGUCCAAAUGCGAUUCAACUUGGUCUGACGAAGACAGACAUGGAAGCAAUAAUUUCGUCAAACAGGGAAGAGUCCACCACAGAAAAAGUUUCUCGACUGGCUUCUGUCGAUUCGGCGCUGAUGUCGGUUCAACUACUGAUCGAUCAACAGCUGAAAACUGGUCAUAGCGAGCUGAGGGACGAAAUCGCUGCCAUCGGCAAAGCAGUUCAGGAAAACCUUGACGCGUUCAAAAGGGAAGAGUUAGAUGCUUUGAGGCAGCCAAAAAAGUCCUACACCACGUCCGAUCUUUGCAUUCAGACUGAAGAGGAAUCCUUGCCAGAAAAAGAGUCAAAGAUCUCAAUGAGCGCAGAGCCAACGGCAACUGUGACGGAUUUGGAAGAAAUAGCUAACAAGAAUGUAUUGUAUGAAGAAAGGACAGAAGAAUUAACGACGUUUCUUUCGCGCAACUUGCACAGUUCUGAUAUUGUCCCAUUUUCGAAAGAGCAAGAGUUGCUUAAGCGGAUUUCUGAUCUGGAACAAGAACUGCAAGAAGCGCUUUUGAAAGAACAAGAAACAGCGGAUGGACUGAAUACACUAAGAAACGAAAACGACUACCUCAGGAAAAGUCUCGCAUUGGCCAAGGAACGUGCUAACAAACUGGAAGUUUUGAUAUCUGCUUAUUCAGAGAGAAUGAAAGAAACUGGCGGCAUCGACAGUGCUGUCGUCGGCAGUUUUAGCCAUGAGGAAAUAUCAGUGGAUGUCGCGGAGAAGGUGACCAUUCUUGAAAUGAAGGAGUUGGAUGCUCGAAGGAGUUUGCAACAGCUGCAGUCGACAUACGAUGCUCAGGGAAAACAACUGACCGAAAUGGAAAAGAGUAACUUACAGCUGCGGACGACACUUGAUGAACUGUACAAAGUGCAAGAAGAGCUGCUAAACGAGAACCAUGCUUUGAAGAAUCGCCUUCACGAAUUCGAAACAAAGCCUGAUGCAAACAUUUCUGACGAAAAGCCAUAUGCACACUUGGAUUUAUCAGACCAGCUUGAGAAGCAAAAGGAAUUGUUAGAAAUUUCUCGAAUGCAGCUGAGCUUUUCUGAAAAGUCUAGACUUGAGCAAGAUAUUGAACUGCAACAAUUACGAGAAACUGUGGAGCAGUUGCAAUCGAAAUCUGACAGGAACGUUACUUUGGCGAAACUGCACAACGACAUCAUUAGCUAUAAACUGCAGCUGACUUCAAAAGAAUUUGAGCUUCGCACUUCAAAUGAGCGCAGCGUGUCUUGGGAAGCUCAGCUGUUACGCUUCAGGAUGGCAAUCGACGAAAAAACGAGAGUCAUGCAACAAGAAAGAAAUUAUUUCACUUCAAAGCUACAGUACCUUCGGAAAACCAACCAGCAGAUAGAUUAUCGUGAUUAUCGUCCUUUACAAGAGAAGAAGGUUUGGAGCGAUGCGUUGCACUAUGCGCAUAUACAAGAAAAGUUUAACAAAUUGCGAUUUAAGGUAGCAAAGAGAGAAAGGGAACUAAUGGAGAAAACUGAACUACUGGACGUGCAGAAGAUGCAAUUCCAUGAAUUGAUUGACGCGCUUCAUAACGAAAAAGAAGCAGAACUUCUCUUGAAAUGGAAUGAAGACAUGCAAGCGAUCAAACGUCGUGAAACAAAAGCCAACCGUCGAAUCAAUGAGCUUGAAAUUGAGAAGGAGUCGCUUUCGAAAAUGAAAGACAAAUUGGAAGAGGAAAUGUUCAAAUGGGAGGAAGAAUAUAUUCGCAUUUCUCAGGAUUUGGAAGAAAGUCACUUGUUUCAAGAAACGAAUGAUUUGCCGUUGAAGUCUAAACUGCGACAUUGCGAAAUUGAACAAGAAGAAAACGACGAUGCUGUUUUAAAGGAAAAUGCUGAACUAAGACAGGAAAAUUUGGACAUGCGGAUAAUUGCUAGUGGUAAAGAUAGCGCGAACGGUUCAUUUGAAACAGAUCCGUUGACGAGCCGCCAUGAAGAAGAAAACGAUUCAUUCUCAACUUCCGAUAAUGACUCAUCUUCUCGCGAGGCUGAAAAUACCGAAGAGGCUCUAAAAAUGAUAGUAACUUCUUUACAGUCUCGGAUCGCCAACAAAGACGAAGCCAUACAAACCCUCAGGCAGAACAUCGAGAAGUUGCAAGUGCAGUUGUUUGAAAAUGCCAAGAAACAUAGCGACCAACUGCUAACGCUGCAUAAGAAUGUGACUGAGCAGUGCGUCCAAAGGCUGGCGGUGAUCAAAACUGAAACCGCAGAAGAGCUUAAGAAAGACAGAACUUCAGACGUUGAGAAAAACUUUGUAACUCUGAACGACUUUUAA